CACACACACACACACACACACACACACACACACACACACACACACAUUCACAUUCACAUUCACUUUCUCUUAUCCUCUAUAGAACAAUCUCCCAAACAACCGUGUACAGUGCAGAAACAUGCUGAAGAUGGUAACAUAGCAACCCACACACACACACACACACACACACACACCCACACAAACACACAAUAUCAUGCACAUUUAAUUACAGCAGGGGACUAAAACAGCCCAAAACCUACAUGCAGCUUGCACCGAGUUUUAUGUUUUAAAACAACAAACACAGGCUUUCUGUAUUAGUUUUUGCUUUAAUGCAACUGUAAUUAAUAAUUACAUCACAUCAACCUUGUUCUUACAUUUCAAUUAAUAAAUACAUCAGAUCAACCUUGUUCUAACAUUUGAGGGGGAGGAGGUGGGGGCUUCAGAACCCACUAUACAGAAGUACACACAGCAUGACAGUUUUACUUUAGUUGUCCUAGUUAGGGGAUUUUGAACAUAUCUGGUCCAAUACAUAUUUUUGCAUUCUCUACAGUAGGUCAUCCAAUCGCAAGAUGAUAAAUGAUAAAUCGUCUUUGGUAUAAUCCUACAGAUUAUAAAGUUGUUGUUCUUCUGAAAAAAAAAAUAUAUGUGUAUAUAUUCUUCUUUUUUUUUUAGAAGUGUGUGAAUAAUUCCCAAACUGCUUAGAGAUCACUACUGUUUUAAGGUCACUAUUGUUAACUAUUAGUUAACUAUAGGUACUAUUGUUCAGACCAGCCGGGGCAUAUUACAUUUAAUAUAAUUUCUGAGAAUUUUUUAACUGUUGAGGAGAAUCCAUAUAAAAUUCUUGAAGCUUUGAUAUCUAAAAUUCAAAACUGUCUGCAACUGAUCAGGUAAUCUCUAUUAUUCAAAAGAUCUUGAAUGUCACCGGUGUAAGUGUUCAGCUGUGUGUGUGCGGUUGUUAAGCAUGCAAUGCACGCUGUUCCUAAAAACGAUCCACUGCUCAGACCUGUUUUUCCAAGCACUGUUGAACGAGCUGGAGGUCAGCAGCUGAGUCUGAUUAGAUGACAUCAGAGAGGCACAUUAGUGCCGUGGACCCUUUUUACGUCAAAUUCAUAUUGUCACAGUGUGACUGUUUGGCAAGACAUUGACAACCAAACUGUAAAACACAAAAUGAAACCACGCAAAGAAAAGUAAUGUGUGAGUGUAAAAGUAUCAUUUGUAACCAAGACCCAAUACAAAUUAUACAAACAUGCUACAAAUUAUGAAAAUAUUUCCAGAAAGAUGUUGAUGUUUUUGUAACUGUCGCAUAGCAUUGUGGUUACAUACACAACAAUACAUAAUACUAAGCUCUCACACGAGGGGUUGGGCUGGAUUCAGUGAGCUAGGCACGAUCAGUUUCACUUUCAUUUCCCCAGAAAUGAAGAACCUAUGACAACGCUCCUGAAACCAUGAAAGCAGAAACCUCAUUGGCUGAGCUGACAACAAGGCAAAAAAAAAAGACUGAACAAACCCAGCCUAGUCAUACUACUGUGAAAAAGGAGUGCUGGAAUUUAGAGCACAACUUGAAACCGAGCCUUACACAUAGAAGACAACAUUGUGAGGGUGCACACUUCAGUAUCCAUCCAAAAGGUUGGCCCAUAGACUACUCCAGCUUUGGAUGAAGUAUGGCAUCUGUAUAUAUUAUCAAUACUGGCAACACGCUGAACAUCCAUACAGCCUUCAAGACACUUCUCCCUAGGAGUUUGUGCAAAGAUGUGUCUAAGGUCGAGGACUGUGAUGUCAUCCUCGCUUUCUGUCCAGUCAUCUCUCGAGUUGGAACUGACAUUGAGGCAGCGCUACAGGACAUUCCAGGUACGGGUAACGCAGACAGGUGGCCAGACAACACCGCAUUAAACACCGGCCCUUCCUCUGGGCGCUCGUCAUUCACCUUUUCCACCUUUUUUUUCUCCACAGAGGGCAAACCUUUAGUGUUAGUGGUGCUUCACCAAACAUUUGACAGCAACUGCAUAGUGCCCGACACAAGGAGGUUCCUAAAGCGGGCCGACGCCAUCAUUAUAGACUGCCUGUUCACUGAUGAUGGACUGAUGGGAUGCCCGCGUAACGAUGACGCAGUGCAAGCUGUCACAGAGUUUCUGGGGCAACACAGGAAACCCAGUCACAGUUACAGUUACAGUCUGGUUCUGCUCUGCUCUGUUCUCCUCGUGUUAUUUGUGCAUACAUCAAACAUCUCAGAUGAAACAACUAUAACAAACAUGUCCAACAACACAAAUAGAACAAAAGUAUCACAGAGUGAUAAACUGUUUAUGUUAUUUUAUGUAAAAUACAAGACAAAACACAAAUGCAUUCUGGGUGUUUGGGGAAUGCCACAGUGUCGACCUCUGAGACCCAAGAUCACAAUGGAUCAGCUAAUCAACCGUGUCAAGACAGAACUUGAACUGAAAAUGCAGCAGGACAAAGAGGAAAGGAAGGAAGAAAUACGUUCUCUCAAGAAUGAGAAUCAGCAACUCAGAGACUUGCUGGAACAACAUAUAAAAGACUCUGUCUUGAAGACAGAACUGAAAAUGCAGCAGGAGAAAGAGGAAAGGAUGGAAGAAGUAAGUUCUCUCAAGAAAGAUGUCCAACAACUCAGAGACUUGCUGGAACAACAUAUAAAAGACUCUGUCUUGAAGACAGAACUGAAAAUGCAGCAGGAGAAAGAGGAAAGGAUGGAAGAAGUAAGUUCUCUCAAGAAAGAGGUCCAACAACUCAGAGACUUGCUGGAACAACAUAUAAAAGACCCUGUCUUGAAGACAGAACUGAAAAUGCAGCAGGAGAAAGAGGAAAGGAUGGAAGAAGUAAGUUCUCUCAAGAAAGAGGUCCAACAACUCAGAGACUUGCUGGAACAACAUAUAAAAGACCCUGUCUUGAAGACAGAACUGAAAAUGCAGCAGGAGAAAGAGGAAAGGAUGGAAGAAGUAAGUUCUCACAAGAAAGAAGUCCAACAAGACUGCCAAGCUAUCAAAAACUCAGAGCAGGGAGGGCCUGAAAAGGAGGAGGACAAAUCAGCACAUCCUGAAUCCUCACAAACUUCUGAGACGGGGGCUUUAAAUGAGAGAGCUGAAGAAGGGAAGAACGAUGAAACGGAGGCUAAACAAGAAGCAACCUCAUCAGGGGAAGGCCCUAUUGACUCCUCCAAUCACAAUAACAACAUCACUGCAAGCGACAGUAAGGAUACUGUUAUACACCUGUAAGGAGGUGUUAUACACCUGUAUGGAUGUGACUUUAUUGGGGAAGCUCUUAGCUGCCUUCAUCCUUUCUCAGCCACUUUAGUUAUUUGUUUUCAUUAGCAAUAAAAAGUGAAUAACUCAGAA